AUGUCGAACGUGCUUCGCCACUGGCUUGUUUGGGCCUGGCUGAUACAGACCAGCGAUGGCAAUGCGCCACUUCUGUGGAAACCUACCUGGAACGUUUCCUUGCUGAAGGGUAGCAAGUAUGGUUUUCGAGGUGAUGCCCGAUGUUUCCGUAGGCAUCUACUGCGCGAAUGGAAUGAACCGGCGAACACCGAAGUCAAGAUCGAACGGCGGACGAGCUGGCUGUUCCGGGAUGUUUGCUGCUCGCUUGGUCGGACAUCCCCGUGUUGGUAUGGUCAGCUGACCUUUCAGCGGUGCUGCACGACGCAGGCACCUGCCCUCCCGCAGGGCGGAUUCGGCUUGCCCAUCAAGGAUGUUUGGGAUUUUCGAAAGGAGUCUGCGUGCUGGCCAUCUCCGAUACUCACGGCGACAUGCUGCAGAUUGACUCUCCCACAAAUGUGCGCCUCCGAUGCAUGGGGCAAGGACCCCUGGGCGCUCAUGAAGAGCUGCUGCAAGAAGCCGGGCCUAGAUGUUAGAGCACAUCUUUUGCCAGAGCCUCUUCUUAAGGGCUGUCAUCAGAGGCUCUACUAUGAAGAGUCCUUCUUGCAGCUCCAGGGCUACUGCCUCGGAGUGCCCCGGUUUCGGCCAGACCAGCUGGGCCGCUACGUGGCUUACUAUCACCGCACUGGGGAUGCGCUGCCCACCAUGCUGGAAAUCCAAACAGGCUUGAAUAAUCGAAGAGUGAAUGGCCUGGAGUUGUGCCCUCCAUCCAUGAUGCUCGCUCGCCUCCUCCAGAUCCAGAGAGACAGCAUCUUCAUUCCCCCCAUGCUCACCUUGUCAGCUUUAGCCAGCGUCAAGGAGUUCUGGCGAAGCCUGCAGGGAUACUUCAAUCUGGCGCCAACCAGCAACUCGAGUCUGCCGGAGCUUCGUGCGGGUGCCAGUAAUUGGCUGAAUGUAACGAGCAGCAGCAUCCGGGAAAGCAUCCUGCGCAUCGACUCCCAGGCAAGGGAACUGGCAUCUCUGGCCACUCGCAGGAAGAGACAUGGCUUCAACGUGAACCUUGUGAUGCCCGUAUGUGGUGAUCAUGACAUGGAGCACUUAGACACGAUGGAGCGUUCGGUGCUACAAGAAACACGGCCGUUGAACGAUGUGGUCGAUCUCUACAUCUACGACGUCUGCUUCCGAUUCUGUGAAUCUGCUGCCUACGGCCUGGAGAAUGAUGUAGAGGUGGAGCUAGACCUUCGCACCGGUUCAGAACUGCCAGGUUCUGCCUUUGCACUGCGAAAACUGCCCGAGUCGCUUCUCCGACUGCCUACUGGCGAAGUCGCGCCGAACUUGCACCAUGUCUCCAGACACUACGACGAUCUCCCAGAUUUUAUGAUGAUCCUUCACCCGGACGGCUAUGAGCACGUCGAGAUCUUUGCCCUCGUGUCAGUGCUCAACUCCCUAGCACUGAGGCUUUAUCCCGACGUGGGCUUCUUGCACCUGGGUCGUCGCUUCAAUGGGCCAGUCGACGCUUCAGGACGUGUCGGUUCUGAGAUCCAGAGCUACUGUCGCAUGCGCCCGCUUAAGGAUCCCUCGACUCGCGCAAGAAAGCGCUCUGUUUUUCGAGGAGAUUCCUUCCUGGAGCGUUACACGACAAGGGAUCCGACGGGUCCAUACUGUCAGUGGGUCGAGCUCGCCUGGGAACUCCUCUUUGACCGACCUCCGCAGCUGCCAGAAGACGAUUAUGGGGGCUAUGACUUUGCCCAGUACAUCGCAAGCCGGAAAGCUGCACGGAGCCGGCCGAAGUCGUUUUGGCAAAAUGCCUGGCGCUCUCUUUGCAGCGCCAGCAACUACCAACUGCUGCUUGGAACGAAGUUUAUUUCUUGGAGGGAGCUCACUUCCUCAGAAGGAGCACGGGGAGAUGAUUCCUUUCAUAAGGGGCUGACUACGGCUUUUGAGCAUCUCUACCAUGUGAUCUUCAAUCCUGGUGCAAAGACGUGGCUCUGGCCAACGCGACUGCGCGAUCCAUCGCUUCCUUUGGGACUGAAGUUUGCCAUGGGAGGCAAUCC